AUGGCUGGAAACAACGCUCUCAACGUCAAUGGCAACACUGUCAACGGCAAGACUGCCGACAUUGCCAUCACCGUCCGCGGUUCUGACUGGUACUGGGCUGUCUGCGCCGUCAUGACCGCUUGCACCUUCAUCUUCCUUGGUCUGGGCAUGACCAAGCCUCGCCAGCACCGUGUCUUCCACUACAUCACUGCUGCCAUUACUAUGGUCGCUGCUAUCGCCUACUUCUCCAUGGCCUCCAACCUCGGCUGGACCCCCAUCGAUGUUGAGUACCUCAGACCCAACAUGCCUCGUGUUCGCGGUAUGAACCGUGAGAUCUUCUACGUCCGCUACAUCGACUGGUUCAUCACUACCCCUCUCCUCCUCCUGGACUUGAUGUUGACCGCCGCCAUGCCUUGGCCCACUCUUCUCUUCAUCAUCCUUGUUGAUGAAGUCAUGAUUGUCACCGGUCUCGUUGGUGCUCUUGUCCGCAGCUCUUACAAGUGGGGUUACUUCGCCUUCGGCUGUGCUGCCCUCGCAUACAUCGUCUGGGUUCUCGUUUGGGAAGGCCGCCGUCACGCCAACGCUCUCGGUCGCGAUGUUGGCAAGUGCUUCACUUACUGCGGUUCGCUCACCACCCUGCUCUGGAUUCUGUACCCUAUCGCCUGGGGCGUUUGCGAGGGUGGCAAUGUCAUCUCUCCCGACUCUGAGGCUGUCUUCUACGGUAUUCUCGACUUGCUCGCCAAGCCCGUCUUCGGUGCCCUCCUCAUCUGGGGCCACCGUGGCAUCGACCCUGCCCGUCUCGGUCUCUACAUCCACGACUACGACGAGAAGGACCCCGCUGUUAAGGAUAAGGUUGGCGCUCCUGGCCCUAAUGUCCACCCCAACACCAACAGCGGCGUUGCCACCACCGGCCAGACUGCUGAGACCGUCUAA